GUCUUUGAUGUCUUCUUAAGAACAGCAAUCAGCGCUCACGCAAUCUACACGCACAGUACCAGUCUGAGCAAGCGAGCAAUGGCAACGACCACCACACCCACGGCAGCCAAUGCCACUUCAAACCUCAAAGUCACCAAGCGGCCUUGGAAUGCCAGAGGCCAUGCCGAUCACGGCUGGCUUUACACCUUCCAUACAUUCUCCUUCGCCAGCUACUAUGACCCACGAUACGAGUCUUUCGGUCCUCUCCGCGUGAUCAACGAGGACAGGGUGGAGCGAGGCACAGGCUUCGGAACCCACAGCCAUGCAGAGUUCGGAAUCUGGUCGUACAUCGUAAAUGGCGAGCUCGAGCAUAAGGACAGCAUGGGCAAUCUGGAAAACCUCGGACGAGGCGAAGUUCAAUUCACAAAUGCCGGCACAGGUAUCCGGCACUCCGAGUACAACCGAAACGAGCAGCAAGAUUGCCAUUUCUUGCAAAUCUGGGCCAAGCCAAACGUGCGUGCCCUGAAGCCUUCAUAUUGCACUAGAAAGUAUUCCGACGAGGUGAAAAUGGACACGCUCGUGAGGAUGGUGGAGUCGACGGAUCGGCAUAGUGGUACAGAUGGCGCGACAGAGCCGAUUCCGAUUUAUGCGGAUUUGAGUAUGGAUGCUAGCAUCUUAGCUCCUGGCAAGAGCGUGGAGCAUGAGAUUGUGGGCGCUGGAGAUCGUAAUGUGUAUGUGCACGUCGUCAUGAGUGAUCGCAAGCAGCCGAACAGCGGCGGUGCGAAGAUUGAAGUUGGCGGCGUCGAACUUGGGGAAGGCGAUGGAGCAUUUGUCAAAGGUGCGAAAGCACCGGGGAAGAUAGAGGUCAGGAGUGUUGGGGAUAGGCCAGCUGAGUUCUUGUUGUUUGAUAUGGGAGAGAAAUAGUCGACAGUUAAAAUUGAGACAGAAAGUCAUCUCUUCACGACAACG